AUGUUGGGCGUAAGUUUCAAACAACCUCAUCCGCAGACAAAGUACGAGGAGCAAGAGGUCGAGGAAGUGGUGAUGGUGAGGAAAGAGGUACGAAAAGGGUGCAUGAAGAUAAAGGUGGGUGGUGAAGGCGAAGAGCAGCAGAAAAUAACGGUGCCGGUGAAUUACCUUAAGCACCCACUCUUUGUUGAGCUUCUGAAGGAGGCUGAGGAAGAGUAUGGUUUUGCUCACAAGGGAACCAUAACUAUCCCUUGUCAACUCGCCCAGUUUAAGCAAGUUCAGCACUUGAUUCAUUCCACCUCUCUCCACCAUCGCCACCACCUUGUUCCCUGCUUCAGAGCUUAG